AUGGCGCGUGGCGGGCGAAGAUCGGCGGCGGCGGCGGCAGGGGGAGAGGCCGUGGAGGGCUCUCGCAGUAGUUCCUCUCAACUGAAUGGCCGCGACUUUAAUGGCCAUGUACGCGGAGAGCGGAGUUACGCCCUACGCCUGCGGCCCGGUCGGCGCAGCGCAGAUGCAGGAGACAAAAUAGGAGGCGGCGCCCGCCGGCAGGCACCCCCCUGCUCCUGCUCCUCCCUUCCCGCUUUCCCAUCCACGUUCACAGUUGUGGACCUGAUGCCAAGAUCUGAAUCAGACAGCGAUGAUGUUUUCUUUGAUGCAUUUGAAGAUGUUCGAUCUCCAGGGGAACCUUCAUGUUCAGAGGAUUGCAGCACAAGUGAUGAAGUUUCAGUGCCAAUGACAUUUGAGUAUGAGAUUUGGGCAAAUGAGCCAAUGAGUGUUCAAGAAAGGCGGCAAAAGUUCCUUAAAGGAAUGGGAUUCGAUGAUUUUGUUUCUGCCAGAACAGAUUCUUUCCAAUGCCAUGGUGAAAUCACAGCUGUUGAGUCUUCCACUGACAUGGAGGAGAGAAGUGUCAGUGGCCAUUCUUCCGUGGGUACAUCUGUUUGUGACAAUGAAUCGGAGUUUGACAGUGCCUGUUGCAUAAGGGAUAUGGAUAGUGGAAAGAAAUAUAUUGUCCACAAUGGUGCACAUAGCAGUAUAACGGACAUGCUCAAGGAGGUUGGAUCAGAUAAGGUGAUGUCUCUUCUGGAGUUUGAGAGUUUGCUUGGCCUCUCUCGGUCUGUUCAGAAAUUAUUGCGGAGGGGAUGUGGUAACAGUCCUGCAAAAGAAACAAAAAGUGCUAAGAAAAAGGAUGUCAAAAGCUUGUUGAAGAAACUCGUGACAAAGAGAAGCUUUGGUGGCAUCUGCAAGUAUGAUGUACAUGUGAAAAAUUGCACAAAUAGUAUACCAACCAGAACAAGAGUUCAACAUCGGAAGAAAAAAUUUCUUGAAUUCUCUGCUGUCUACAUGGAUCAAGAAAUUAGAGCUCACAAGGGUUCAAUUAGGGUCAUGAAAUUCAGCCCAUCUGGAUGGUAUUUAGCAAGUGGUGGUGAGGAUUGUGUUGUACGAAUAUGGCAAAUUAUAGAAGUAGAAGCAUCUCCUAAGUUGUAUAGGGGAGAGGAUCCCUGUGAAAAGGUGGAGAAAGUUCAGGUCAUUAAUACAAAUAUAGAAAAGGGGCAGAACCAGGGACUUGCAGUUAUACCCAAGAAGGUUUUUCGUAUAUCAGAGACUCCAUUACAUGAAUUCCGUGGCCAUACAAGUGAUAUCCUUGACAUGGCAUGGUCCAAAUCAGAUUAUCUCUUAACAUCAUCCAAAGAUAAAACAGUGCGCUUAUGGAAACCUGGCUGUGAUGGUUGUCUUGCAGUUUUCAAACACAGAGACUAUGUAACAUGUGUUCAAUUCAACCCUAUUGAUGAGAAAUACUUCAUCAGCGGUUCAUUAGAUGGUAAAGUGCGCAUUUGGGAUGUGUUGGACAAGCGAGUAACUGACUGGGCUGAUACGCGAAAUAUCAUAACUGCUUUGAGUUAUCAACCAGAUGGAAAGGGUUUUAUUGUUGGCACGAUUGCAGGCGCAUGUCGUUUCUAUGACCAAUCAGGUGAAAACAUCCAGCUAGAGAAAGAAUUGUUUGUGCAAGGGAAGAAAAAAUCAGCUGCCAGUCGGAUCAACAGUUUACAGUUAUGUACAAUUGAUUCCACUGGGAUUAUAAUUACAUCAGGGGGUUCCAAAAUUCGAGUCGCCAAUGGUGAUACCAUCCAAAAGUUUGAAGGGCCUUGGAAGUCAAAGGCUUUAUCAUCACCGUCUUUAACAUCAGACGGCAGAUAUCUUAUAUCUGCCGGCAAAGAUUCCAAUGUCUAUAUUUGGAACUUUGCGAAUUCUGGAGAUGCAAAAUCAGUUCAUUCAUGUGAGCUGUUCUUCUCCAAAGAUGUGACUACUGCGGUACCAUGGCCUGGAGUGCACCAAGAUGGGCACACGAAGCCUUCCUGCCUGAAUGAGAAAUCAUCCAGUGCGCCGAUUUUGCACCACCACGAGGAGUGCCAGUCCCCUGGGCCGUGGUCGUUCGUGGACAGCAGCAAGGGAUCAGCGACAUGGCCUGAGGAGAAGUUGCCUUCUACUGCAAAGCCUGAAAGCAGCCCGCAGCUGGGCGACUGCCUCUCCUUGAUAUCCGCCGCGUGGAGCACGGUCAUCGUGACCGCCAGCCGUGAUGGCGUGAUCCGAUCUUUUCCCAACUAUGGCUUGCCCGUUAGAUUUAUCCAAGCUAAUCUGGAACAGUGCUGGGCCUGGUGUUUUAAGUGGCUACCUCAAGGACAGAAGGCACAUGUCUGGAGUGUAGCUGCUGUUUGCUGGGCCAUUUGGAAAGCAAGGAACAAAGCACGUUUUAAGAAAAAACUGAUCAAAAACCCUAUUGAGAUAGUUUGCCAUGCAUGUGCGCUAAUGAAGUAUUGGACAUGUCUAUUUGUCGAGAUGGACAGGAAGACUCUUGAGGAGGGGGUCAACAUGACGCUGAAGGUGGCCAUGGACAUUCUAGCAACCAACCGUGGGAACAAGCAGGAGGUUGCUGGGAGGACUGAAGACCCAGAAGAUGAUGGAACCCGCAAGAACUGA